AUGAGAGCGAUGGCCAGCGGCGGCGGCAACUGGUUAGGUUUCUCCCUCUCCCCGCACAUGGCCAUGGAGGUGCCCUCCUCUGAACCCGACCACGCUCAGGCUCAACCUGCUAGCGCUAGCGCUAUGUCCGCUUCUCCCACAAACGCCGCGACCUGCAACCUCCUAUUCUCCCAACCCGCGCAAAUGGCCGCUCCACCUCCUGGCUACUACUACGUCGGCGGCGCCUAUGGGGAUGGCACCAGCACCGCCGGCGUCUACUACUCCCACCACUCCGUCAUGCCCAUCACGUCCGAUGGAUCCCUGUGCAUCAUGGAAGGGAUGAUGCCAUCGUCCUCGCCGAAGCUCGAGGACUUCUUGGGUGGCGGCAAUGGAAGUGGGCACGACGCGGUCACCUACUACAGCCACCACCAGCAGCAGCAGGACCAACAGGACCAGGAGGCAAGCAGAAUCUACCAGCACCAUCAGCAGCAGCUAGCGCCCUACAACUUCCAGCACUUGACGGAAACGGAGGCGAUCUACCAAGAGACCACGGCGCCGAUGGAUGAGGCAAUGGCCGCUGCCAAGAACCUGCUCGUGACGAGCUAUGGCUCAUGCUACAGCAACGCGGGGAUGCAGCCGCUGAGCCUGUCCAUGAGCCCCAGGUCCCAGUCCAGCAGCUGCGUCACCGCAGCUCCUCAGCAGCAUCAGAUGGCUGCGGCUGCUGCUGCUGCUGCUGCCUCUAUGGCUGCUUCCCAGGGAGGCAGUAAUGGUGGUGGGGAGCAGUGCGUGGGGAAGAAGAGGGGCACUGGGAAGGGAGGCCAGAAGCAGCCCGUUCACCGCAAGUCCAUCGACACGUUUGGGCAGAGGACCUCCCAGUAUAGGGGCGUCACCAGCAGGCACAGGUGGACUGGGAGAUAUGAAGCCCACCUGUGGGACAACAGUUGCAAGAAGGAUGGGCAGACAAGGAAAGGGAGGCAAGGUUGGCUAGGUGGUUAUGAUAAUGAAGACAAGGCUGCCAGGGCUUAUGAUCUGGCUGCUCUGAAAUACUGGGGGCCGUCGACGAACACCAAUUUCCCGCUAGAAAAUUAUCGAGAGGAGGUCGAGGAGAUGAAAAGCAUGACAAGGCAGGAAUUCGUUGCACACUUGAGAAGGAGAAGCAGCGGGUUUUCUCGUGGUGCUUCGAUAUAUCGAGGAGUAACGAGGCAUCAUCAGCAUGGAAGAUGGCAAGCUAGGAUUGGCAGGGUUGCUGGCAACAAAGACUUGUAUCUCGGCACUUUCACCACUCAAGAAGAAGCAGCCGAGGCCUAUGACGUAGCCGCGAUCAAGUUCCGUGGCCUGAACGCCGUGACCAACUUCGACAUAACCAGAUACGACGUGGACAAGAUCAUGGAGAGCAGCUCUCUGCUGCCCGGGGACGAAGCGCGCAAGGUCAGGCCGAUCGAGGCGGCCAACCACGUGCCUUCCAUGCACAACGGCGGCGGGGAGCUCAGCCAUGCCGAAGAAGGAAGCUCAGGCGUCUGGAGGAUGGUGCUCCAUGGAACACCGCAGCAAGCUGCACAGUGCACCCCCGAGGUGGCCGACCUUCAGAAGGGCUUCAUGGACGGCGACCCUCGCUCGUCCCUGCAUGGCAAUGGCAUUGCCGGGUUCGACGUCGAGUCUGCCGCGCAUGACAUCGACGUUUCAGGCAAGAUUAACUACUCCAACUCGUCUUCCCUGGUGACCAGCCUCAGCAACUCGAGAGAGGGGAGCCCCGAGAGGUUCAGCCUGCCCUCGCUGUACGCCAAGCAUCCCAACGCCGUCAGCCUCGCCACCAUGAGCCCGUGGAUGGCGAUGCCGGCGCCGACCGCCACCCACGCGUUGAGGGGGCCGAAUUCCUCCAUCCCUCCCAUGCCUGUGUUUGCUGCCUGGACAGACGCAUAG